AUGAGUCUAUCCCUCAAUCCCAAACCUUUCCUCAGUGGACUAACAGGAAAGCCAGUGACAGUGAAACUUAAGUGGGGAAUGGAGUACAAGGGCGACCUGGCAUCUGUACAUGGCUAUAUGAACAUGCAGCUUGCAAACACAGAAGAAUACAUAGAUGGGGCAUUGUCUGGACAUCUGGGUAAAGUUUUAAUAAGGUGUAACAAUGUCGUUUAUAUCACAGGUGUUGAAGAAGAGGAUGGGGAAAUGAGAGAAUAG